UAACAAGUACUGGUAGCCUCUCUGUUUAUCUCUGAGUAGUUUAAUAUGGAAGAAGGUCUGUCUGUUCUGUUUUUGGUUAUAAGGUUACCUCAUAACCAGCAUAUUUUGUACAAAACCUAUAAUCAAAGUCUAAAGCUAUCAAUUAGACAGUGUCGUCUUUGUUCAAUUUAUACCCAGUCUAAACAUGGACAAGGUGAAGCCCUGGUAUUUGUGGUUUCUUUUUAAUGUCCUUUAAUGAGAAUGGACUUAAGGCUAAACAAAUCUUCCCAUGUUCCAUUUCGAUAAAUAUCCCUCCCCCAUUGUUUUGCCACAUUGUGAUUGUGAGAAUCUUUUGACGAGUUGAAUUAUUCUAGUCUCAUAACUACUGCUCUUUCUAUGGCUUAUUUUGAUUUAUUGCUUAUUACUUUCACAUUUAAAUUGACAUCUUUGGGGAAAUAUGUUUGCUUUCAGGGUUGUGAUAGUUCAAUGGAUGACUGCGUCUACCAUGUUAUCUGUCCCUGUUGUACAUUAAGCCAGGAAGCCAGAACUUUGGAAAUGAACAAUGUCCAAGAUGGCACUUGGCAUGGCCGGGGUGAUACAAUAUGCAUAGGAAGCUAUAGUGAAGGGAGCAGAGCCUUCUUUGAGCUACACCCACCUCCUGUCUCAACCAAGUGUCCUGAUCCCUGCAGCAUGCAGAAGAGUGCAGAUGUUGUGAUCACUCUUGAGCCUGGGAAGCUGUGAAAUCAGAGCUAUUGAUCCAUUCUUCCCUGUGCGCUGCUUUUAGAAAGUAUCGACUCUGCUUACUUCCUGUCCAAUUUCUUGCUCUAGGGAGCAGUAUCACGGUUGCUGCAUUGAGGAUCUACAUUUGGAAGUAGUAGUGGCAACGCCAGGAAGUAUAUAGCGUUUGCUGCCUGAUUUGUACCCUUGCAUCCAAAUCGAUGGGGAUGCUGACCUUUUCAAACUCGUGAUGAAGAUGUUUCGAGUCCGUGUACAUAGUAGACAAGUUGUUUUUAUUCUUGUGGUUUUUUUUUUACCACCCCGUUUCUCCUUAUAUCCUUUAAUUGUUUUAUUGCCAAAUGAUGGAAACAAAGUCAUUAUUUUCUGUUCGUCUAAAAGAAUUUGCUGUUAUGAACCAUCAUCAUACUUGAUUUGGGAUUGAA